GGGUGAUGGCCUUGAACGGGGAGCGGCGAGUGGCGAGAAGGGCCUUGGCCGGGCACUUGGGAGCGAGCUCCGGGGCUGAAUUCUUUGAUGCUGUCCCUAUAAGUUAACCACAUUUGAUCAGUAUGACAUUCAAGUUGGUGUUGCUAAGGCAUGGUGAAGGUGCGUGGAAUAAAGAAAACCGAUUUUGCAGUUGGGUUGAUCAAAGAUUGACUCCCAAUGGUAUAAAAGAAGCUCAAACCUGUGGAAAGGUCCUAAAAGAAGCCGGAUUUGAAUUUGAUCUUGUGUUUACCUCUAUUUUGAGCCGAUCCAUAGAAACUUCAUGGCUAGUUCUGCAGGAGAUGGAGCAAGAAUGGGUGCAAACUGAGAGCUCUUGGCGACUUAAUGAGCGCCACUAUGGGGCAUUAAUUGGUCUUAAUCGGGCAGAGUUGGCCUCAAUUCAUGGAGAAGAGAAAGUUAAGCUUUGGAGAAGAAGUUACGAUAUCACUCCACCUCCUAUUGAUGAAUCUCAUUUGUACUUCCAUGAAAUUUACAAUGAUCGAAGAUACAAUUAUUGUGAUGUUGCAAAAGAAAAACUACCGAAAGCUGAGAGUUUGAAGGAGGUUCUUGAUAGACUGCUGCCAUAUUGGUAUGAUGUAAUUGUGCCAGAAAUAAAAAAAGGGAAAUGCAUUCUAAUAUCAGCGCAUGGAAACAGUGCCAGGGCUCUUCUUAAACAUCUAGAAGGUAUCCCAGAUGAUGAAAUAGUUAAUGUGACAUUGCCGACUGGGGUGCCAGUUCUUCUGGAAUUGGAUGAAAACCUUCAUCCAGUUAGACCACAUAGAUUUUUAGGCAAUCAGGAGGCCAUCCAGGCAGCUAUCAAAAAGGUGGAGGAUCAGGGCAAGGCAGCUGCUCCAGGAAAGAACGUACCUGUUUCUGCCAAUUAACUCUCAAUUAUUGACUUUGGAAGGGAGAUGUAGUUAGAAACCAUUUAAAAACUAUUUGGAGAAGAAGUUUAUUUUGUUUGGAACAUUCUGUGUAGAUCUGUUGCAGUUGGUGAGCAUGUCCUAGGUUUGGCACUGGUGAAAUAUGUUGAACUGUUAUUUGCUGCUUUGCACUGAUGUCUUAAUAAGGCUAAUUUAUUUAAAAAACUAGAACUAUAUAGGUUUUCAUAUGCAGGAAGAUAGUUUUGUUAUUGUAUCAAGGAUUCUUUAAGUAAAAUUUACAAGGCAGAAUUAAGGAUGUUAUUCAUAUUUUAUAAGUGUGAGAGCCCAGCUAUGUUAGUUCAGGUUUGCAGGAGGUGCGCUUUUUAACAGAUGCUAGGAUUUGCGCUGCUUAGAUCUGCAUCACAGGGAAGCUCUAAUUGCAGCUCAUAAACUGUAAAAGGUCACUUGAUUCCAUUGGAAAUUAUGAAGACAUGUCCCAAAAGUACAAAAUCUGAGCCUUAUCCAUUAUGCCAGUCAUUUUUCAAACAACCGUAGCAGAUCAUUUAUUAGCAAGAUAAAUUUUAUGUGCUAGAAUGAUUAUUUUCCCUGAACAGGAGUAGGGUAAAUUGGACAGAUUUUCUUAACCUAAUAAGGUUCAAAUAGUUGAUUCAGAAAGAAUGGAGAGAGGUAAUAGGAUAAUAAGUAAUCAGUAAAGAUUUAUGGGUCCUGUAGGAAGCCUAAAAGUGACAGAACAUUUUAAGAUUUUCUUGAAGACAUUACUGACAAAUAAGACAUUACAUAAUAAAAAAGUUUAUAUACUGCAAUGUGCCACAUUUAAUUAUUGAAGAAAAUAGAGAAGUGUCAAGAGCCCUUGCCUCCUUAGAUCUUAAUUGUGUAUUAAUUGUUGUUUGAAUCAAAUUAUCUGUAAUCUAAUUCCAACAGCAUCAAUGGAAAUUCAUUGAAAAGGCAGUGACCAUUAUGCAAUUUGAACAUGGAGUGCUCAGUAGUUGAUGAUGUAGAAAUCUUGAGGAAAUAAUACCUCGAAGUAUCGGAGAAUGCUACUGUACUGUAGUCUGCAGUAGAAAUAGCACCAUAGCAUUUUACAUUUGAGUUUACAAUAUCAAUUUGUUUUGAUUUUAUGAAGCUGUAGACAUUUUUUGAGUUUUAAGUAACUUCUCAAAUGGUUGAAAAUAGUAAACUAGCAAUUUUCUUUAGAUUAUUGUAUUAUAGUUAAAUUAGUUGAAGAUAAGUAUUCAUACCUCCUGUGUUUUCAGCAUCCAUGUUUCUGUUAAGUUUAGCUCAUAAAGUGCUGAACUGUAUAGGUCAGGGUAGCCUUUGGAUUUAUUACUUCAUUUAUGUUGAGCUAGCCCUUCAUGAUAAAGGUAAUUAUGGAGGGCACACUUACCUAUGCCUCGAUUGCCAUUUAGUAACCCAUGUUACAUUGUCUUGUUUUUAACAUGUACAUUGUAAGAGUCGAAAAGUACGGCACUGAAAAAGCACAGCAGGUCAGGCAGCAUUUGAGGAGCAAUAGAGUUGACGUUUUGGGCAUAAGCCCUUCAUCAGGAAUGUCCAUUGUAACACUUGUUAAGGCUGGUUUAAGAUCAUUGAGCACUUGGAUGAAGAAAUGGAGGACGAUUCAUGCUUGCUGAACUACAGUCGGCAAGUACUUAAUAUUUUUGGGACAGAAGUAUAAUGCAGACUUCAUUCUAUGAAGAGCAACCCAAUGGAUAGCAGUGUAUUAACAAUGUACUUUAUCUUUGUAAUGUGGUGUACUUCGAAUCACAGAUGGAAAAGGAUGGAAACCUGUAUUUUACUGUCAAUUGAAUUAUGUUAUAGACAUAUAAGCUCCACGGUGGCCUUUUCAUUGCUGUUUCAUUUACUGCACGAACUGUUCACAUCAU